AUGUUAUUUCUUCGUUUUGAAAUAAUGUCGGGAGAUCACAAAACGUUGUUAAAAGGCAGUCCGUCACAAUAUGUGAAGUUAAAUGUGGGCGGCACAUUGUUCUACACUACUAUCGGCACGCUUACGAAAAGCGAUAACAUGUUGCGAACCAUGUUUAGUGGGAGGAUGGAGGUUCUCACAGAUUCGGAAGGGUGGAUUUUGAUUGAUCGUUGUGGGAAGCAUUUCGGUACUAUUUUGAAUUAUCUUCGUGACGGCACAGUAGCGCUACCCGACAGUUAUAAAGAGAUCAUGGAGUUAUUGGCGGAGGCUAAAUAUUUCCUGAUUGAAGAGUUAACUGAAUCUUGCCUACAGGCCUUAGCCAAAAAAGAACGCGAGGCAGAGCCAAUUUGCAGAGUUCCUUUAAUUACUUCACAAAAGGAAGAACAACUUUUAAUUAUGUCCACUUCCAAGCCUGUGGUGAAACUGUUGAUUAACAGACACAAUAACAAGUAUUCUUACACGAGCACUUCUGAUGAUAACUUACUAAAGAACAUUGAACUCUUUGACAAACUUUCGCUGCGAUUCAGCGGGAGAGUGCUGUUUAUUAAAGAUGUUAUUGGUUCUAAUGAGAUUUGUUGUUGGUCUUUCUUUGGACAUGGAAAAAAAUGUGCUGAAGUCUGCUGCACUUCAAUUGUGUAUGCUACAGAUAAAAAGCAUACUAAGGUUGAGUUUCCGGAGGCCAGGAUAUAUGAGGAAACACUGGGAAUUUUACUUUAUGAAAGUCGUAAUGGCCCUGAUCAAGAUUUAAUUCAAGCUACUUCAUCACGAGGUGCUGUUGGGGGAUUGUCUUGCACUAGUGAUGAGGAGGAAGAGCGAUCUGGCCUUGCCCGACUUAGAUCAAAUAAGCAGAAUAAUCAAUCUUAGCGGUUACAGUCAGGCCUGGCACGCCUUCGCAGCUCAAAACGAACAAAUGUUUGAUAUGAAGCUGGCUGUUUUCCGCCACUCUGUUGGCUGCCCUGCUUCGGUCUGUAGACUGUUUUGAGCCUCAUUCUUGUCUCUGGGUUUCCCUUUUUGAGCUCUCUAAAUAAUGUGACAGUGAAAAGUGGGUAUAACAAAAAGGCACCCAAGAUUUGUGAAAACAAAGUGACACUUGAGUAGGGAUUUUUCACUAUAUUACUGUGUCUUCAAGUGUUGGUGACUAAAUGUUUAAAAAGUUCUAGUAAUUAAAUACUUGCAGUUGUUUUAAGAUGUGUGAUGAUGUAGUAUGCACUGACUUUAAACUUCUAUAUUUAAAAACUCUCUUAGAAACUUAACUAUACUUAUUCCGUGUACUGUCUCUAUUAGUGUUUGUCCUCAAAAAUAUACUGAUAGCUCAAGUAUUGCCAAAUUGAUGUUAGUGAAAAAAAAA